AUGAAUGUGCUACGAUGGCUCGUGUUGAUGCUCUGUUUCAUGUUGAGUACAAGCCUCUGGGGAUCUCAAGACGACCAUCCGCUGCAGCAGAGAACGUGGCAUCCAGUCAGAGCGCAUGAAGGGGAGGAGAGGUCAGGUGGGAGGUCCACUGGGAGGUCCACCAUUGAACCGCCGCAGCUGCUGUCGGACAUGGAUUCGGUUUCUUACACCAUGUUCACCGACGGGAUCAGAGUGACCAUGUCGCACCCUCAGGGACUCACCAUCUUGUACUCCGUCUCCCCAUCUCCAGACCCGGACUGCAACUUUCAAGGCCAGCGAGUGGGGCAGGAGUACUCGGGGCCGUUCGAAGUGUGUAUCGAUCCUCCUCUCAGCGUGGUACGAGCAGUUGCGUGCGAUUUCACGAGCGACGUACAGUCGUCUGUUGCAGAGCUGAAACUCUCCACCUCUCAGGUCCACCCGCCCCUGCCCAACAGACCGAUCCUGCACACCCUCCAGCCCGGCAGCUGCUCGCUCAAGGAUGGGUUGGAAGAGUGCAGUAUCCCGAGAGGAGCGGAGGAGCUGAAGCUGCUGGUCAUGACGACGGACUUCGAGUGCAACAACGCCAAGUUCGUGACUGCGCUGGACUGCGAGCAGAACGAGUUCCAGUGGGUCCCUAUGAGACAGUGCGAGACAGCCAGCACGCUGCGUCCUUGCAUCGAGAUCUUCUACACGACCGAUGGAUCGGACCCGACCAACUCCUCCUCGAGGAAGAUUUACGAUAUCUCCAUGGGCAUUUCGCUGCGAGAGGGAAGGGCAGAGGUGAGAGCGGUCACGCUGAGGGAUCGGAGGAGGUACGACGAGCAGACUUGUCGUUGCUGCUGCUCAGCCACCUCCUGCUCCGUGGCUGGUCCCGUAGCAACGAAGAUCCUGGAAGUGAAGCUCUCUCCUCAGAGCCGCAACCCCCUCCUUGGCAGUCCUGACGUUCGCUUCCUCGUUGGGACCCCGUUUGCUGUGUUUGAGUCGCAGUACUACAGUGAGAGGUUGAGGUGGAGGACGAAGGCCGCGGACGCCCUAGGGCUCUUCAAUCAGGAGAUGGGGGACUGGAGGAGGAUAAAGGGAGUGUGCAUCUGCUCGCAGGAGGUGGGCUGCCUCGAUCCGGGGAUCGCGUUGGGCAACAGCAUGGAGAGCGCGCUGGGGAGUGAGAUCUGCUUUCACGCUCGAGAGGGAGGAAACAAGACGGAAGUCUCUUUCUUCAUCACCUCCGCUGGUAUGUGCACCAGCGGCUCCUCUCGAGAUACCUGCAUCUCCAACUCCUCCUGCGGUAUGAGCGGACUGUGCGACUUGAAGCCUACGUCAUGGCUCCUUGCUUAUGCCCGACUCCAGAACCGUGACAAGGAGACGAUGGACAAGUUGCGGCUUAUGGAUGUCGAGCAGGCGGAGGUGACGGAGCAUCUCGAUCUCUCAGCUGUGGAGCAGGAGCUUGGUCUAGCCAACAACUCUGUGCUCUCUCUCGCUAGCUUCUUUGCCGCCCUCCUCCUCGUGUCUGCCUGCGUGUAUGCCGGAAGGAGGUGGUGGAGGACGAAGUGCUUGAACUUGGGGCCAGCGAUCCGGUCGAGGGGACGAGCAGUGGUGGCGAGUGUGUCGAGGAGUCGCGAGCAGAAGCGACUGAAACGUCACGCCCAGUUCACUAGGAUGCAGGAGAGCGCAGAAAUGCUGUCGCAGCACUCGGCAAGCGAGAGCACGGAGGACGGGUACCCAGUGGGGGAAGAGAACGGGUCCUCCUCGCUGUGGGCGACCAAGAAGCUGCUGGGGUUCAAGAAGACUUCUGCUCUGCUCCCUCCAUUCCCGUCCUACCUCACCACUGAGGUCCUUGCGCAGCCCAUGGGCAUAGCGAGCUUGUCCCCGGCGUCGGCAGAGGAAGAGGACGAGGGUGGUGGAGACAUUGAGAACGGGUGGGGAGACUUCUCGGAGCCCCUCCGACGUGAACUUGUGGGGUCGGUGAAGGACGUCAUGGUAGAGGUGGAGUACGAUGGUGAAGCGGUGUCCCUCCGCCAUCACACGCUUGAGCAGCGUCUGUUCUUCACCAACAGGAGCGAGACGACCGUGUUUGAGUUCUCCUGCAAGGCUGCUGUUCCCAAGUACAUGCAGGUGCAAAUCACUCCGCCAACGAACAGCACGAUCGCUCCCGGCGGGGAAGUCAAUCAGACGCUGAGGAUCGCUGGAGUAGACAAGACAAAACCUAUCAAGGUCAGACUGAAAGUUGAAUUCACUGGAAGCGAAGGAGCUGUUGGCGAGACCAUAGACAUGCACUUGACAUAA